AUGCUACUUGGUACUGCUGGAUUAGAACAAUUUGCACUUGGCAAAGAAAAAUCAAGGUUCAACAAAAUAGAAAAGAGGGCGUUAUCGUGUCAGCCAAACUUGACAUACGAGCACGAUUUUGAAACUUGCGUUUGCACACGAGACGGAGAAUGGCCUAAUAAAAGGUGCUCUACACAUUUCGGGGAAAUAUACAAAAGUCUUCCACGCGAAUGCGAACCGAAUACCUACGUCAAAGUCCACUGUAAUGUUUGCAAAUGUGACAAGUGGGGUGCAUUGAAUUACGGCAAAUGCACCAAACACGUGUGUGAGAGGAACAGUGGUCCAAGCAAUCGCAAUAGCCGUAAAUCCAUCGAAUCGGUUACAGGGAAAUGCACUCUCAACGUUUGGUACUCUUUUGCCCCGUGCCAGCUUUGCUUCUGCGUGAGUAAAAAUAAGCUAGUGUGUAGCCCGGCCAAAAAUCAACUGAAGACAAAGUACUUCGGCAAGUAUAAUUUCACAGUAUGCGGAAAAAUGUUCUUGAAAGAGUCCGUCGAUUUGAUCCCGACCGCUGGGCAAAUGCUUAAAUUGGAUAAAGAUAGACACGUCGCCAAAACACAGCCUGGAAUUACAUUAAAAAAUAGCGAUGAACAGCAAGAGGACUCUAAUUCAAACGAAAAAAGGUCCAAGUAUAUAGUAAACCAGGAAGAAGAUACAAGUGAGGCUGAAAAUAAUUCUGAUAAGGAAACAGACGAUGAAAAGACGAGGAAAGAUGAAUUAAUAACUCAAAUGUCAUUCCAAGUCGAUGACAAACCUGUUUCAAAAGAAUCCAAUAAGGUGGUCAACAUCGAUUUGAAUAAUGAGAGCAAUUCUAAUGAGGAAGAACCUAAGGUAACUGUUAAACCUACAAUAUUCUAUCCCGAUCAACUAGAUGAUGAUGGUGACAACCUGUCUGCUAAAAACGAUUGGAUGCAAGAAAAAAUUGAACAAGAAAACAAGCCAUAUUUUGGUCUAAAUGUUGCGAAUAUAUUGAAAGUACUGAAUCUCGGUUCCCGAAAACACAGCUUAAGGAAAAUGGUAUCAUUGGAUUCAAAGGGCACUUGCGAGCCAGGAACCAAAAUGGCCGUAGAAUGUAACACCUGUUUCUGCAUGAGGAACGUUUUACAUUCAUUUGCGUUCGAUUAUGAGCAGCCGGUACCUUCCAAGCUUUGGAAUGAGCGCUGCAAAAGGAAUUCGCAUGUUCUCAACGAUUGCAACUGGUGCUGGUGCGAUAGCAGCUAUCAGUACAAGUGCCAUGCCAGAGUUUGUAGCAAGGUCGAUAUGUUUGGCCACUUCAAUGAUGCAAUAAGAGAAAUAGACGUAGGGAUGGAAGGCAAGGGCGUUUGGCGAACGACCGACUCCGCCUGCGCCCCAGGGGUCCACUACCGGCGGGGGUCGGUGCUCUGCGUGUGCAACGAGGACGGCUACUGGCCCAACCCGGUCUGCAGGGACAUAUUCAGGAUCCUGCAUUCCGUUGAGGUCACUCGGGGCAUAGGGAUGUCGCAAAAGUGCGAGCCGACCAAGCUCUACCUGGUCGGCUGCAACGUCUGCUUUUGCCCCUCCACGGGUCGUUUGGACGGGGAGCUGUGCACUAAACUGUCGUGCCUCGACGACGAUCCCGUCUUAAACGCGACCAAAGGUAACCGGGUGAUAGAGGCCGAGGAAAGCGACGACGUGGAGGUGUACGCCACUUGCGACACUAGCAAGAAGUACUCGAUGGGAUGUCAGACCUGCUCGUGCUUGAGGAACAACAGGCUCCUAUGCGGCAACUGCACGUCCGAUAGGAGGAAAGAUGAGCCGGAAUCGAACCGGACGAUUUGCAGCGAACACGAGGUGGGCGAGGUGUUCAGCGUCGGCUGCAAUCAAUGCUUCUGCGACGAGAGCUCUUUCUUGUACUGCACGGCGAGGAAAUGCUUAAGCCGUUACGCGUUGAAUCUCAUCGAUAUGGAGGAUGAUCAGUUCGAGGACAGCGUGGCGCCGGUCGUCGACCACGAGUGCAGGCCCGGAACGAGCUACAACAAAGGCUGCAACAAGUGCCACUGCUCCGAGCAAAGCGGCAGGACAGUUUACACGUGUACUCUGAGGCAAUGCACUGCUGGAAGCGCUAUAGACUGGAUACAGAACGACUGCGUCAACGGCACGGUGUACGAGGCCAGCUGCCUGAUCUGCCGCUGCGAUAUCGACGACGCCAAGAGGGAGACCUGCAUCGUCGACCGGAGAUGCGGUGCGUCCGAUGUGAAAGCCUCGGAGCUGUCGCACGGCUUUUGCCAGCCGCUCCACAUCUACAACAAGGACUGCAACAUCUGCCAGUGCCUCGCCAACGGCAAAGUGGUGAAAUGUACCACCCGCCCGUGCAACGCCGACCCUGUAACCAUCGAUCUGGUGCCGGUGAGGGCCAAGCACCCUGAGCCCUGUCCGAAAGGCAUGUCCUACAAGUUGGAAUGCAACGUCUGCUUCUGCCUGGACAACGGUAACGCCCUGUGCACUACGAACGAUUGCAGGACACGUCGCGGUGGCGGCUGG